AUAAAAUUCAUUUUAUCACGUAUGAUUUCAAAUUGGGUCAAGGAAUUUUAAAUGUGAAACGAAUGCUGAACAUAAGAUGCAAAAAGAUCGAUAAAAGUUUAAAGAAACUGCAUGAAUAAUACGUAUAUUUUAUUCAUUACAUGAAUCUUUUAUUUGACAUACAGGAUUUUGUCAGGUAAUAGAACCCGUUAAACAAAACGUUUUAUCGCCGACACAUCGAAUUCAGGCGAUGGUACGCGACACGUUGAAAUUCUAUGUGUAAACUGGACAGAGAACGAUGAUGCAAAGUUAGAAAGAGAUGAUAAAAUAAGAAAAGAAAGACACAUUCGUGGGCACGAACGGACACCAAAAGGUGCAGAUACAUAGUCUUCGAAAUCAGUCUGAUGUGGUCACUUUAUUCCUGAAUUCUUGUUAAAUCUUUUUCAAUAGAAAAUUGUGAUAUUUACUUCAAUCCAUUGUUUACAUCAUUGUAUAAGUGCAAUGUACACAUGGUUGCGGAAGUAUAGCCCAUAUAUGACAAAAAAGAAGCUAUAUUAUAUUAAAUUUUACUCUGCUAAUUUUGCAAAAUGUAACAUCAAAACGAAUAAUCAUCCACCAAAGGCUUUCAAUAAUAUUCCUGGGCCAAAAUCUUUACCAGUUAUUGGAACACUUUACAAAUAUCUACCAUUUAUUGGUGAAUACAGUUUUACAAAUUUAUAUGAAAGUGGAAAAAGAAAAUUGGAACAGUUUGGGCCGCUAGUACGCGAAGAAAUAGUACCUAAUGUAAAUCUCGUAUUGGUUUAUAGGCCGGAAGAUAUAGCAGAAAUUUUCAAAGCGGAAUCAAGUUUGCAUCCAGAAAGGAGAAGUCAUUUAGCACUUUUGAAAUAUCGAAAAGAUCGCACUGAUGUAUACAACACUGGAGGUUUAUUACCCACAAAUGGAACAGAAUGGUGGAGAUUACGAAAAGAGUUCCAAAAAGUUUCUAGUAAACCUCAAGACGUGAUCAAUUAUUUAAAAAAAACAGAUGAUGUCAUUCAAGAAUUUAUUGGAUUAUGUAUUAAUGAGAAGUUUGAUGACUUCUUACCUCUUUUAUCACGCUUAUUCCUUGAAUUGACAUGUCUGGUUGUUUUUGAUGUAAGAUUGAAUAGUUUCUCAAAAGAAGAAAGAUGUGAAAAUUCUAAAAGUUCAAAAUUAAUCAAUGCUGCCUUUACAACAAAUAGCGUAAUGUUAAAGUUGGAUAAUGGAUUGCAAUUAUGGCGUUAUUUUGAAACCCCAUUGUACCGAAAAUUACGUAAGGCACAAACAUACAUGGAAAUGGUUGCAUUAGAAUUGGUAUCUCAGAAAAAACAGAACACAAAAACUGGACAUAACAAAUCAUUCUUAAAUGCCUAUUUAGAAAAUCCUGCUCUGGAUAUUAAGGAUAUUGUGGGCAUGGCUUGUGACAUGUUACUUGCUGGUGUAGAUACUACUACUUACAGUACUGCUUUUGCUUUGUAUCACCUGGCAAGACACCAAGAUGUUCAAGAAAAAUUGAGAAUUGAAGCUACGCAGCUUUUAGCUGAUCAUAGUCAACCAAUAACAGCAGGUGUGUUGCGAAAUGCUUCAUAUACCAAAGCUGUCAUUAAGGAAAGCUUGCGAUUAAAUCCAAUUUCUAUAGGAAUAGGUCGCAUAUUGCAAAAUAAUAUUGUUCUUAAUGGUUAUCAAGUACCUAAAGGGACUGUUGUUGUAACACAAAACCAAGUCACUUGUCGUCUUCCUGAAUACUUUAACAAACCAGACUUGUUUAUACCAGAAAGAUGGCUACGUGAACAUUCAGAAAGUAGCAGUAACAUAAAUUGUGGAAAAUCAGUACAUCCAUAUGUAUUGUUACCUUUUGGUCAUGGUCCUAGAUCUUGUAUUGCUAGACGAUUUGCAGAACAAAAUAUGCAAGUAUUGUUAUUAAGGAUGUGUCAACGACUCAAAAUUUUUUGGCAUGGCGGUGAACUUGGAAUGAUAUCUUUAUUAAUCAACAAACCAGAUGCCCCAUUAAAAUUCAAUUUUCGUGAGGUCUUAAAAACCAAUUCUACUUGUUUUCAAAAGAACGAAAUAGUAUAAGCGAGAAAAUAUUAUUUUUAAUGAGGAAAUAUAUAUAAAAGUAAAGAAAGUAUAAUAUUAAAUAAGAAACAAAUUACAAUUUAUUGUAUACUUAAUAAUUGAAAAUUAAUUAUAAUAUUAUAAUUAGCAGUACAAUAUUGUAAUAUUCUUAUAUUUUAGAACAAAUAAGAAUAGUGUACAUAAUAAAUUUAAUUAUAGGUCAUAUAUU